AUGGACCAGAAUGGCAACACCUUUUCCGUGAGGCCACAGCAGCUGACAUUUGUGGAAGUGGGGGAGGAGGAUUUCAAUGCUGCCGAUCUCUCCUCCUUCCUCUCAUCAGUUGACUCACUAACGGCUGAUGCGUCACUCCUGGAAAUGGUGUGGGAAAUGUUUCUCUCAGAGCAGCCCACAGUCACCACGCAAGAGUUUGCAGAGAUUGCCUUCGGAGAGGCUGAGGACCCACUAGUGCCGCACUUUGCCGCCCACCGCAUGCUGACUGCCGACCGCAUCUUCUUCAAGAGAGUCCGCGGUGCCGCCCACUCCUUUGAGCUGCGCCCGCCCAUGCAGGUGGAGCAGCUAAGGAAGCAAGCAGCAGCGGAGGCAGCAGUAAGGGCAGAGCAGGAGGAGUUUGUGACCUGCAUUCGAGAAGCAUUGAGUUGCGGCUGCCCCCUAGGCAAUGCCCCUUGCCCUAACAGGCGAAUAGAUCUGGAGGGAAAGGAUCGAGAGGAUAGAGAGGGCAGAGGAGCAAGGAGGGGCAAGGGGGGUGGUGAAGGAAGUGAAGGAGGAGCAGGGGAAGGGGAAGGGGAGCAGCAGGGACAUGGGGUUGGGGGGGGACGUGGCGGCCCGGGAUUGGCUGCGAGAAUGCAGGCACUGUUGGAGUAUGCGGAGGAGAAGCCAGGUGGCAACACGGCAUUGGCUGAGGAGUCUCUGCAACUCCUCGGCUGUGUGAGAACGCCAGAAGCAGCCUGUGAUCUCCUUGUUCGUGCGGGCGCCCUGCCACUCCACUCUCUCUCCUUCCGCCUCGCUGCCUCUGCCAUGCCUGGAAGCUUCCCAGCAAGUGUCGCCGAUUACUCUGCUGCUCUCGCAGCAAACCCCCCUCCAGACCCCGACGAGAGCAUACGUGUUGAUUUAACGCAUCUCAAAGUCUACACCAUAGACUCAUACGAUACAGUAGAAGUGGACGACGGGUUGAGUGCAGAAACCCUCCCAGACGGUCGUAUCAAGGUCUGGAUACACGUGGCUGAUCCGAGCCGCUGGAUGAGGCUCGGCGACAGGCUUGACACAGAGGCUCGGAAACGAGCCACGUCUGCGUAUUUCGCCACGGGAGCCGUACCUAUGAUUCCGUUCUCCCUUGCUGCGGGUCCCAUGAGCCUCUCCGUUCCUCCUGCUCCUCCUCCUGCUGCCGAUUCUGCUGGUGCUGAUGGUGGUGCUGCUACUGGGAGCUCUGCUUCUGCUGUCGUUUGUGCGGUGACUGUGGCAGUCACAUUGAAUUCGGAUUUCAGCAUUGAUGACGUGGACAUCAUGAACUCUUUCAUCUACCCGACCUACCGGCUAGCCUAUGACCAGCUGCCCGAAAUGCUAGCAAUGGCGGGCGAACACGAACCCGAGCUCCUCCUCCUAUCAGACGUUGCCGCCGGCCGGUUACGUUACCGCAUGCAAAACGGGGCGGCAAAUAUUUCCAUCCCCGAGUCUGACAUCAAAGUCUUUUCCGCCACGUCACACUGCCCGGAAAUCUCGGUCAGCACGAUCGACCAGUCCGACCCGUCCCGGAGGCUCGUUUCCGAAGCUAUGGUCCUCUGCGGCGAGGCUGUGGCUAGGUUCGGCGCCGAACGUGACCUGCCGCUGCCGUACCGAGGCCAGGGCCCUCCGGACCGAAUGACUGAUGAGGAUGAGGAGGAUUUGCAAGCGCUCCCUGAGGGCCCGUGCAGGGCCGUGCAUUUGCGAUCGUUUAUGAGUCGCAGUGAGAUUAAAUGCUCGGGGCCGAUUCCGCAUGCUGGGCUGGGACUGCAGGGUGGCAUGCAUGUGCUGCUCCCUGUGCGGACAUGCAACAGCAGGCAUGCUGGGCUGGGACUGCAGGGUUUUGUGCAAUUCUCCUCACCCAUCAGAAGAUACUCGGACUUGCUCGCGCAUUAUCAGGUUAAAGCCCUGUUAAGGGGUGAGCCGCCCCCGCUAUCCGUAUCCGACCUCGACACAAUCGUAUCUCACUGCGCCGCCCGGCAGCGCGAGGUACGGCGGGCGGAAGGGGCGGUGGAGCGCUACUGGCUGCAGGAGUACCUGCGGCGGCUGCCGGCCAAUACCGUGCUGACAGCUGUCAUGCUCAAGUGGCUCCGGGCGGACGGCAGCCCGCUGGCGCUGAUGCUGGUGGAGGAGAGCGGAAGGCAGCCCAUUGGCACUGAUGCUGCUGGAGGAGGUCAAGAGAUGACAGCUGUCAUGCUCAAGUGGCUCCGAGCGGACGGCAACUCGCUGGCGCUCAAGCUGGUGGAAGAGGUGGGGAUGGAGACGGUUAUGAAGAUGCAGCGGGACGUGCGGGUGGGUGAUUCUGUCGAUGUGAUUAUAGCAGAGGCCGACCCUACACGGGACAAGCUGAGGCUCAUGGAAGCUCCUCCCAGCUUCAGGGAGGCUCAGAUGAGAAGUUUGGUAGAUGAGGAAAGAGAGGGAGGGGAGUCAGGAGAUGCUGGGGAGGGGGAAAGCUUGGAUAGGGGAGAGGAAGGGGAGGUGGAUGGGGAGAGCAGUGGAGAGGCAUGGGAGAAUGGCGCAGACAUAGAUGUGGAGGGCCAGCCGCUUGCGAAGCUGUGA